AAUUGUGACUUUGGUUACAUGUUGAUUCAGUUACACCAGAUGCUGAUAUGGCAAGAAAACCAGCUAUAAAAUGGUGAGAGAAGAGCAGAGCAGUUCUGUAUUAAACAGAAUUUUCAACCUUCAACUCAAUAUUCAUGGCUUCCACAAUAGAACAAUCUCAAUCUCCUUAUGGUUCUGGACGACGAGACCAACAUCAACAUCCUCAACCAGACUUCAAUCUCAGAGAAUGGGCUUUAAGAGCUCAAAUCAGUCGUGAAAACACCAAAUCAAGAAGAUUCUCUGGUUCACAUAUCAGAACCAGUUUUAGAGAAGAUGCAAGAUCUUUUAGAUCAAACAUUACUAUCUCUAGUACUCCCUCUUCUCCUGGCUACCCCUUUAACGAAAUUGACCCAUCAACUUACUCCUUCACUACUGCUCUCAAAGCAUUGCAAGCAAGAGCAGGGUAUAAUAGCUGGGAAUGUUUAUCACCAGAUGGCUUUGCAUUAAAUUCAAAAUGGAAUGAAGCAGAGAAGUAUAUAUGUAAUCCACUCUCAGGAGAAGUUCCAAGGGAAUGUUUAUCCGCUAAAACACUUAGUGGAAGAUCAUUUAGAAAUCCAACAAACAGAAUUACAAUGUCUGCUCCUCUUAUGUACUCUACCCAUUUGAAGAAAGUCCAGACAAAGCCUUCCCAUAAUGUAACACCAGAUCAUGAUAGUUUUCAUUUUCCAAUCCAAGAAAAGAAAAUGGAGGGUUCGACUAGAGAUGUUGGGACUCAAAGUACACCGUUUGACCUUAGUUCAAGUAGCCCUAGCCCUGCAUCAACUCCUCCAAUUAUGGAGAGAUUAACCUUGAAAAGAUGUGAAGAAGAAGGUGGAGAUUCUCCUAAUUGUAAUGGAAAGUUGGGAGCCGAAGGAAAGGUGAUUGAAGAGGAAGAAACAAUAAGAUCAUCACCAUCAAGAAAAGAAGAAGCAACAAAAGGAGAAAAAGAAAAAGAGGAAAGUAAGAAAAAGGAAAAUGAGCAAAUGUGGAGGUGCAGUAACAGUAGCAGCAAUAGUAUGCAAGGUGGUUGCUUAUCAUGGAUGAGAAAAAGGCAGAGAGAGAAACAUAAACCAAGAAAUAAGAGGAAUAUCUGUCUUCUCAAUCCUAAAGGAUGUUAAAAACUCAAUUACUUUAUAUUUUUUCAAAAAGAUAAGGUUAUGAGAAAGAGAGCUAGAGAUGGUAACAGAACAUUUGGAGGGUUUUCAAGAUUCUUUCUCUUUCAUAAAACAGAGAGAGAGAGAGAGAGGAGGGGGAAAAAAUCAUUUGAUGACAGAGGUGGAAGAUGGUAACAUAUGGUGGUGGUUUUAUGUGUUCUAUUUCUUGCUUUUUUUCUUAUAAUAAACAAGUGAUGUUAUGUAUUGUUCCUUUGUCUCCUAUGGUGGAAAAUGGCUGACAGCUUUGAGUUCA